CUUCUUCGCUGGGCGAUCCUCGCACUGGUUCGAAUCGCCGCGACUCGCCGGUAUCGUGCGCCGUGUCCCGGCGUCACAUCUCCGCCUCGCUCGAUCACCACCGGCGGCAUCGAUCGCCUUCCCUCCGCAGCGAUGGUGCAGAAGCAGCACCACAAGUCCAACGCCAAGAAACAGCCUCACGUCAAAAAGCAGGGGAAGCAAGCUGAUACCACGCAGUUCCGAGCUCAGCUGGAUGCUCUGGGCCUGAAGAUUGUCCAGGUGACCGCAGAUGGUAAUUGCUUUUUCAGGGCCCUUGCAGAUCAGUUGGAAGGCAAUGAAGAUGAACAUGGAAAGUACCGUAGUAUGGUUGUUCAGUACAUAUUGAAAAAUCGUGAAAUGUUUGAACCAUUUAUCGAGGAUGAUGUGCCAUUUGAGGAGUAUUGCAAAAACAUGGACAAUGAUGGCACUUGGGCUGGUCAUAUGGAAUUGCAAGCAGCUUCUCUUGUUACACGGAGUAACAUUUGCAUUCAUCGGAACAUGUCGCCUCGGUGGUACAUACGCAAUUUUGAUCAGCCUGGUGCUCGUAUGAUCCAUUUAUCUUAUCAUGAUGAGGAACAUUACAACAGUGUGAGGUUCAAGGAAGACACCGGAGAUGGUCCAGCUAGGCCAAUUACAAUCAAGGCUGAUUGUAAUCUCUCGUCGUCAUCUCGCCAAGCAAAGGCUGGGUCAAACAAGUCUAAAUCAGGAGCUGGUAAGGAUAUUACUGAUGCAGGAUCCAUCAAGCUAGUCAUGGCAGGAAGUGGUUGUGAGAACAUCGAGAAAGUUGAGCAGACAUUGCUGCAAAUGUAUGGGGAUGUUAAUGCCGCCAUAGAGUACUUGAUAGCAGAACAAGGCAUUGAAGAUUUUUCAGAGGAAACUGUCCGGACUCCCUGCAAUGCAGAUGCUUCUCAUGGGGAUGAUGCCAAUCGAAAUUCUGAGGAACAGAGAGAGGAACCUGUGGAAGAGACCUAUAAAGAGAACCCACCUAGCAACAGUGCUAAACGGACUCAUGAUGAUGGCAGUGCCCAGCGAGAAGACAAGAAAAUCCCAAGAAACAAGGCUUGUCCAUGUGGUUCAAAAAAGAAAUACAAGUCCUGUUGCGGGUCAGGGACAGGGAAAGUCUCUGCAAUGUCCAAUGAUCAAGCUUUUGAAUCCAGGAAAAGUAGAAAGGAAAAGAAGCGAGGCAAGAGAGGGUCUGACACAUCUGCACUUUCUACUGGAUCUGAUGGAGGGCCACCUGAUAUGGGGGCUCUUUGUAUCUGAUCUUUUGCCAAAAUGUGGCUUGUCCAGUCCUCAAGAAUUACAAAAAUCUUGCGGCUUCAUCAUUUCAUCCACAAGGGAGUGGGGCGAGAGAGUAAAAUUGUGAGCAGAAAACUGAUGCUGAAAGAAGUCUAUAAUUCGAGCUUCUCCCCGGAGCAAUUUAUGAGGUUACUUAAUAUUUUUUCUUGGCUUGCCUCAAAUGUGAAUCUUUUCAUUCUCUAUUAGCAACAACAUAAAGCGCAUAUUAGUCUAAGGUUAUCCUCUGUCUUCAAAGGCAGGUACCUUAUUAGUCUUGUAUACUACUUUGUCCCAAAAUGGGGAAAUAAAAUAUCCUUUCUUCUUGAUCUAA